AAAAGAUGGGAAAUGCAGAAAGCAAUGUCUAUCAGAAUCACCUUUCCAGAUUUCUUCCUGAGGAGCAGUCUGACAUUGAUCAACUGUUUGAUACUUUAUCAGGAUCAAGUGGCUCAGCUGGAGCAAAAAAUGCCAAAGCUACAAAGAAAACUGUGACUCUGGCAGCACUGCAGGCGCAUAUUCGGGAGCCAUUACCAGAGCAAAUGAGUGCUCGGUUAUACAAUGGAAUGAGAAGUAUCGACCUGACUGGGAAAUCAUCUGGGCUGUGUGAACAGAUUGCUAAGGAGCAAUUUGUAAUUUUUAUGUCAAACCUCUUAAAAGGAAAUGCAGAUGAGAAGAUUACCAUAAUAAUGAGAAUGAUCUCCAAGACUGAAGGGCCUGUGAAGGGCAAACAAAUCCAAGAGUUCACAGAGGAUCUGAUCAUGUCCGUAGUCCAUGUACUGAACUACAGGAAGGAACUGAAAGGUUGGAGUUUGGAGAAUACUAGGGAUUCUACAAUUGGAACAAAGGCUAUGGCUUCCCAGCUGCUCUCAGAUUUGAAGCUUGCAGAUGGGACAAAACCUGUGGGUCCUCAGCUGAUGGAGACAAGUUUUGAUGAACAUGCCAUUCAGGACUGGGUGUACCGAGUUCCACAGAUCUCAGUGUUCCUCAGUGUUGUUAUCAGGCAAGGCCUCCAUGUUCUGCAUUCUCUCCCAGACCAAACCAAAGACAUAGUCAACCUGGUUCCAGGCUGCAAAGGCGUCAAGGGAAGAGGACUUGUCAGUCUCUUUGACAUCCCAUCCAUCAUGUACAUCAACUCCCAUCUGCCUGCAGAGCUACAGCACAAGUGGCAGCUUUUAUUUUCUUCUAGACUUCAUGGAGAAAGCUUUUCACAGUUAUGUGCACAUAUAGUGAACAAAGGUCCUUGCAUACUGAUCUUAAAGGACUUAGAUGGCUAUAUCUUUGGUGGGUUUGCAUCUCACACCUGGGAGGUGAAGCCACAGUUUCAAGGUGACAACAGAUGCUUUCUGUUUUCUGUUUUCCCCUCUCUUGCUGUAUACACGUGCACAGGGUAUAAUGAUCACUACAUGUAUUUGAACCAUGGCCAACAAACUAUGCCAAAUGGACUUGGUAUGGGUGGACAACAUGAGUACUUUGGACUCUGGAUAGACAGUGACUAUGGGAAGGGCCACAGCAAAGCAAAACCUCGAUGCACCACCUACAACAGCCCCCAGCUGUCAGCCAAGGAGGAUUUCACACUAGAUGCCAUGGAAGUCUGGGCAGUGGGAGACCUCCUUGAGCAUACUGGGACCAAAGGUAAGAAGAGUAUCCUGGAUGUAGAUCCUGAGGCCCAGGCCUUAAUGGAAAUGAUUGGAAAACCACGUCAGAGCGAAGGGCUACGGGAGCCCCUUGAAGAGGAUGAGGAUGACAACUAG